GUUGCCCUUUUCCAGGAAGGGCAACCAGUCCCAGAGCCGGAAGUGAGGUACCCUCAGGUUCGAGGCAACUGUGGCGUUUAAAGCUGAGCGGCUUGGUGCCGCGGGAGACGGCCUGCUCCUGCAUUCGGGCUGUAGCCCGGGCUGGGAGUGGGUCCUCAGCACCCCGGCGGCCCAGACAAGAGCGCUGAGUCGCCCCGCAAAGCAUCCGGACACGGCGAAGCACGGAGGGCCGCCGGAAACCCCGCCCUUAGGAGGGACCGGGCGGCCUGGCCUCGGUGGAAGGAACCCGAAGGGCCCGCCCCAGGGCGGAGACCCGCGGCCAUGGACACGCCUCUGGGAGCCGGCCCCGGCACUCUGCGCUUCGCUGCGGCAGCCAGCUGGCAAGUUGUGCGCGGACGCCGCGUAGAGCAUUUUCCGCGAGUACUGGAGUUUCUUCGGACCCUGCGCGCGGCCGCCCCGGGUUUGGUUCGCUACCUGCACCAUGCGCGCCUGUGUAUAGGCCUAAAAGCUAAGGUGGUGGUGGAGCUGAUCCUGCAGGGCCGGCCGUGGGAGCAGGUCCUGAACGCCCUGAACGACCACUUCCCAGAGUCCGGACCUGUAGUGAGGGACCCCAAAGCUACAAAGCAAGAUUUGAGGAAGAUUUUGGAGGCGCAGGAAACUUUUUGCCAGCAGGUGAAGCAACUGUCGGAGGCCCCGGGGGAUUUGGCCUCCAAGCUGCAGGAACUUGCACAGGAGUAUGGGGAACCCUUUCUGGUGGCCAUGGAAAAGCUGUUUUUUGAGUACUUGUGUCAGCUGGAAAAGGCACUGCCUCCACUGCAGGCGCAGCAGCUUCAGAAUAUACUGAAUUGGCUGCAGCCUGGAAUUUCUGUCACCUCCUGUCUUGCCUUGCGCCAAUACAGUGAGGACAUGGGGUGGACACUUUCAGAGUGUUCUGUCGACUCACUGAACCUGACAGAGCCCGUGGAGCAGAACCCUCCUCAGCAACCAAGACCUGCAGCACUCCACACUCCUCUGCCAAAAGCCAAGCCUGGUCCAUGCCUUCCUCAAGGACCAGCAUCUAGGAAGCAUCCAGAACCUUUAGCGGGCCAUCAUUUCAAUCUGGCCCCUCUAGGGCGGCGAAGAAUCCAGUCCCGAUGGGCACCUGCCAAGGGAGGCCAUAAGGAGCGCCCCACCGUCAUGCUGUUUCCAUUUAGGAACCUGGGCUCAGCAACCCAGGUCGGAUCCAAGCCUGGAAACAGGGAAGAAUGUGGGGUACUCACAGAAGAUCCAGCAGGUGCCACGGGCUCAGGAACAGCUUCCAAUGGGAAGUCUAAGAGUCCUUCCCACACACUGGGGAAAAGGUCUCUGAAGGAGAACCCAGACGAUGUCCCUGGCUCAGAGCAAAAAGAGAAUUGCCUGGACUGCUACAGAGACCCCCUGAGACUAGCGUUAUCACCACCUAGGGCCAGGAAGCCAGUGUGUCCUCCAUCUGUGUGCAGCUCCGUCAUUACCAUAGGGGACUUGGUUUUGGACUCCGAUGAGGAAGAAAACAGCCAGAAAGACAGACAGGAUCCUUCUGCGCCCUGCUAACCUCCUUACCGAAAGCCUUGGCCACAUCUCCAGGACAGCUGCAGCCUCCGUCCUGCAAAGUAAGGAGCACUGUGAGGAGACAGCAUGGACUUCCCAAGCCCUCUUGGCAAUGUCCCAACCGUCCAGCUCAGAGCUGCCAGGGACCCGAGAGUCCUGUUCCAUCUCUACUCCAGCCUCCGUAUCCUGCAGGAAUGCCAGUUGUGUGGCAGCCUCACACCCUGCCCUGCCCCUGGGCCUUACUGAGAUGAUGUGGCCUUUGAGGCCAUGAGCAGCAUCUGCACACUCCAUCACUGCACUGAGCUGGGGAUAGCCUACUCCAGUUUUCUUCCGGGUAGUACACACAGAACCUGGGAUGAACACAACAAAAGAUGGGAGUGAAAUAUCCCAAAGGUGUUUGCCACCAAAGGGCUGGAAAAGGGCACCAACAAACCAGCUUACCUGGCCCAAUUCCUACUUUGAUGAUAUCAGCCCCAGAGAGGAUUAGUUCUUCCACCAUCUCUCCUGUUACUACAUUCCCCGCCUGAGACAGAUCAAAAAGAGCAUCCUUAGGGUCAGAAAUGAAGGGAGGUUGUGCAUUCUCCUAUGUAGUAUGCCUGAACCAGAGCCUUCCAACAUUAUUACAGAGUCAGGGUACCUAGGUCCAAUGUGCUGGGCUCUAUGGGGGCCUCCAGUCACUUCGAAGGGUCCUGCUUCCCAUCUGUCCCCCUGCACCAAGCUGAAGUAGGGGAAUUAAGUGAGCAAUGUUGUUAUUGCUGAAGUCCAGAUGCACUUUAAGGCCUCAGUCAGCAGGGAGACACAGGGUGGCAGGGAGGAGCACUGCGUGAGGCAAAAGGAACUACUAGCCCAAACACAGAGGGGACUUAUCUGUCUCCCCUUUCGCACCAAGAGGCCCCAGCAUAUCAUGUCCUUAAAUAGUUCUGUCAUAGAACUGGCUUCAAGGGAAAGGGGGAAGACAUGGUGAUGAAGGUUAAAUCCCAUCUGCCCAGGUGUAUCUACUUUUGAUGGAGAGUGCAGAGAUGCACCUCAAUGUGGUGAAGAAAAUGAGGCCUUGUCAUCACUCCCCUACACUUGUAAAAAAAAUAAAUAAAACAGUUCCCAUGUGACUCCUUUUA